CGUGCGCGAUAUGGGUGCUUCCAUGCUUGUAUAGGGCAACAGGGUGCAGUUGAUGAAGGACGUAUCAUGGUGUUUCUUAGUUUGUCCCGGUGGGUUCGCAGUCGGGGUCCUGAUCGGUACUGGAAGGUGCAGGAAUUGCUGAAACAUGCCCGGCAUUUCCGUGGAAGGAAGAACCGGUGCUAUAGCCUAGCUGUGCGAGCUGUUCGCAGAGCUUUCGUUUAUUCAACAAAGGCCAGAAAGGCUAAGAAACACAUUAUGAGAUCGCUGUGGAUAAGCAGACUUGCAGCAGCAACCAGAGAACAUGGCAUGAAAUAUCCUGCUUUGAUAUGCAAUCUUGUUAAGUGCCAAGUGGCUUUAAACAGGAAAGUGCUUUCCGAUUUGUCCAUCUACGAACCCAAGACAUUUAAAUCUCUGGCGGCCUUGGCGAAGAGGAGACGGGAGGAAGGUUUUCUGUCUGCCUUGGGUGAUGGCAAAGAACCAGAAGGGAUAUUUUCCAGAGUGGUGCAUUAUAAUUAACGACAAAAGCUUGAAACAGAACAGACAUUUCAAGAACUUUUUA